CAGCACCAGUUAAAGAAAGGUUCAGAUCAAGAGGUCUGUAAACAAACAACAAAGACUACGGUAUGCUGGAGGGUAGAAGCUGUCACCAGCAGUGCACUUUUAACUUUAAACAUCCUCUAUGCGGCAGUACAUUUUAAAUAGGCGCCAUUCAUGUAUACACAACUAAGGCCAACCACUUAGAAGCGCAUAAACUGUCAUUUUCGUAGCUAAACAAAACAGUAAAAAUGUAAGUAAACAAUGGUCUAUUUGAAACAUAAACUAAAAUAUUAAUUAACUUCUUUUAAACUUCUUUUAAAAGUUUCUUCGCGCAUACGCUGUAGGUCGGAGAGCAGAUUCGGAAAUACGACCCUUUCGCUCAGUACAAGCCUACAAAUCAGCGCUCUCUAUAAACAGUGCGGUCGAAAAUGAAAAGUCGGGGACGGUGUUAAAUUUCUCGCGCCGCGAGCUCAACCGAAGUCGCUCGCGCUUAGAUUUCUCUCCCUAAAGGUUUCCGCUGCCUUCGAGACGAGCCAUGCGAGCGAGCUUCAGUUGCGUCAGCGUCCUGCUGCUGUCGUCUCUCGUCGUCGGAACCGCGCGGGUUCAGUCCGAAACCGACGCGCCCGACGUCGAAGAUUUCUACCGGAGCCGCUUCGGCGACGGCGACACGUCGCGAAUGCGCGUCAUUCUGGGCGACACCGAGGGCUGGGUGAACCCGCACGACAUGAUGGGCGUCGCGUCGAAGUCGUCCUCCGGCAAGCGAGCGCAGCAGCAGCAGCGCUCCAAGUUGAAGAAGAGCUCGGGCGCGCGACCCGAACCCAUUUCGGAGGACACCACGACACCCGAAGCGCGGGCGCAGAUCUACAGCGAGAUCCGGGCCCGCGCUGCCGCCGAGACGUUCAGCCGAUACCCGGCGGCGGUGGACGACGAAGUCGAAACGACGGCGAACGAAGAAGGCGAAACUGCGAAAGAAAGCGCCUCGUCGCCGACCGCUUGCAACGCUCAGCAGCGGGGUUGUGACUGCGACUGCAAGGCGAUGCGACGCGAGGCGAAAAAGUGCGGCGAGCAGGUGAAACAGCUGCGGCUCAGCCAGGUGCUUGCCGACGGUCAGCAUGACCGGGAGUUCAUCUACCUCCGACGGCUUGCGCUCAACGUCAUCUACAGCGCCAAGUUCGGCGGAGACGAGAUGCCGUCGAACGUCAAGUUCGAGAUUCUUCUCUCGUCGGACGACGUGGCGACAUUGGAGAAGCUCGCCACAGACGGCAACUCCAAGUCAUCACAGCUGGAGCAGAAGCUGUCCACCAUCCUGUCCAGCUCUGUGGUGACGCCGGAUGAGCUGCCGCACGGCGCCAAUGCACUCCUGGGGCGCCUGGCCCAGGCCUGGGGCCAGACCAUGGGUCCCGUGGAUGUGCGGCUCGCGGUUCCGACCUGCGCCCUCCUGGGCGUCUUUCUCAUCGUAAUGAUUCGGGGCCGCCCGUGGAAGGUGUUCAUCUUCAUGGGAGCCUUCUACUUCCUUCUGCUCAGCUUCGUUUGGCACUGGGCCCUCUGCUACCAGCUGGAGCAUGCGCGAAGAGAUGCGUACAUCUCGCGGAACGUGGUUCCGCCUGAGCACUGCCAACCGGGCUACAGCCCCGGCUGGAUCCAGCGGAUUCUGGGACGCGAAAGCGGCGCGGACUGUGACAAGUACUACGAAAGCCUGCACAUUGACCCUGUGUGGCAGGUCAAUCCACUGUUCGUGUUGACCGAGUUGUUGUCCAGGGCCCUCUUCAACCCGUUGUCCAACCUUGGCACUGCGCUCGGGCAGUUCGCGCGAAACUUCGCCGAGCACCAGACCUGGUGGAGCAUGCUCAACAACGUCGUGAACCUCAUCUGCAUCGGCGUCCUAGGUCUGUUUGCAGCCAUGAUCUUCAUGAAACUGUUCAUCUUCUUCCUCACGACAUUCUACUGGAACGGACCGGAGAAGCCGAGACGUCAGCGGGUCGAGGAGGUGUCAGAAUCCGAGCUGAGUCGGUCGGCCCCACUGCGCCAUGAUGGUAGGCCACUGCAAGAGUCAUUUCCCAGCCGCCAGGAGACGGAGGCUGCGGAAGAUGACGUUUCGUACGAGGAAAGCAAUGAAGAGGAUGAUGAAGAAGAAGUUGAUGGCAAGGCUGGAGGGGACAGUUGGCUCAAAGAGGAAGAUGAGGCGACGUUGGGUAAAACCUGACUUGUUGGAGAAGCAGCUAGAUAGGUGUGUGUGUGUGCCUUGGAAAAAUUUUUUUAGCAUCUAGUUCAGAAAUGAACAGCGUUUCGUGAUAAUGUUCAAAUGUUCCUUUUUAUCCCCAUUCCUUACACAUCAUAGUGCACCUCUGUCACCUCGGCUUUGCACCCAUGCUCGAGCCCAUUCUUGAAUCUCUAAUUUAAAUGCUCUUCGCACAUUGUGCCAACUAUGUAGCCCCGUUUAUAGAUCCCAAAUAUGUUGUUCAGUCUUACACACCAAAGCUUGUAUAACACCAACUUGUACACUACUUUCAACUGAAGACAGACUGAAUAGGCAUGUAGCUGUUAUUGAUUCAUGCUUUCUUAAGUGUAGGUGUAAAAGCAGCAUAAAGUAGUUUUGAAACAUGUGAAGGUAGCUGUCGGGGCUAAAUGCUCAGUUGUGACAAGAAAGAAGUAACUGUGAUGAACCAUGGGUUUGCAGCAGUCCUCAAGAGACACCCCAGAGAUCAGUCUCCGCUGUUGGUUGAAAGACACGUGGUUAAAAUCAGCUUAGCUGCCUCCUUUUCUUCAGCCUUCUGUGUAUAUAAUUUGGUUUUUCACUGGAUGUCCUGGUGAUCAUCGCCGGUGAUUUAGUAGGCCGACACCGCGAACAGAGGCUGAACGUUCCUGAUAAUGCCUUUCGCAAACCAGGAAUAGCAUUAACUGCGCAAGUCGCGGUAGAUUUCUGGAAAGCUUUUGAUGCACAAGUUGCAAAGCUGUGAUGUCACCUGUGUCGGUGUGGACAGUGUCAGUGCCUUGAUCGCUGCUGGCAAUAGACUGCUCAAGUGAAGCGAACAACGUCGAAGACUAUGGAAGCGGGAAGCCACUGACUAUGUCAUAACAAUGGCAUGCUGACAUGCCCUGUACGUAGCAUGUAUUGCAAGAGAAAAAGCCUACAUAAUUCAAGUGAUAAGCAAAGAUGGUCGUGACUGCUCCACCAUUGCUACAACCAACGUGUGUUAUUCUGUGUGUCUGCACUUCCAUUACACGGAAGUGGGAAUCGACUCCUCACUGACGCUAUUGGACAAGGUUCUCAACACCACCCACCCCACCUAAACCCGUGCUUUACCUUCCUCAGCGAUUUUGUCUCGCUUUAUGCCCCUCUGUAGUCACAUGAGCAUACUAGAUCAUUCUUCUGUGUUGUGCGUGCAUGUGCAUAGCCUGUAUGGCUGGCGCUAGUUUUUGGCUUUUCAUCUUUUUGUUGCGAUAGCAAUGACGUGGAAACUCCAGGCGCGUUCUUGCCGUCGGCAUCGCCGUCACGGCGAUGUUCCGUAUAAAGUCCAAGGGCGAUAACACUGUCGCCAUAUGCUGUAUGUGCAAGCGAAAGCAUGCGAGGGGAGCCGACAAUCGCGGCUCAAUCUGGCGCGUGAAAGGGAGGAGAGCCGAGAGGAAACAUGCGAUCUUCCAACAUGUGAAAGGCUGUGUGUGUGGAGAGGGGGAGGGUUGUUUUCUGGCAGCAACUGCGAUUUCGCUGCAGCGCACAAGGGAAACCGAUGAUCACUGCUCAUUCUCACAUGCACAAAGGAGUACAGAGUCCGGGAGGCAGCAUGAAAAGGAGGGGGGGGGGGGGGAAGGGGUCCAACUCCGGCAGCAACUGCGUACUGUGUGCAGCUACACAGGGUGGCGCACACCAUAUCUUUAAAGCAAUCUGCAAGCGGCUCAUAUCGAUGUGCAUGCUGUGCUCUUGCCACCCAGUUUGCACUGAAGCGAAAGACAGCACGAAGGUCACUUUGCUCGCUGCUGCGCUUACUCAUGCUAGCAUUUUGACAGCGAGUGUCAGCGGUCAUCAAGUGUGAUGAGCCGAUGUUUGCCAGGGCGCACUGACACCAUGCUUGUUAAUUUAGUUAGUGAGCGAAUGCUUCCAAGUUUGUACAGCCAAUAAAUCUACUAUCCUUA